AUGGCAAACGCAGUCUUCUCACCUGGCGACCUGUCAUCGCCACUGUCAAUCUCACCUCAUGAAACCGCGGUGUUGCUCAUGGACUAUCAAAACAUGACUCUUGCGGGGAUUGGGGACGUUGCCGCAACCAGUGUCCUCAACAUUGCUUCACAGAUGCGCGACUGGGCACUCGACAAAGAGAUGACCGUCUUUCACUGCCUCAUCGACGCUUCGCCCGGCUCAAAGCCUCCCGAUCAUUCGAGGAUCGCCGCAGGAUGGAAGAUGUAUGAAACGAAACUAGCUGGAAAGCCAUGGUACGGUCGUGAAGCGGAGACACUGGCAGAUAAAAGGCAUCCCGACCGCGAGCUCACCUUCGUGAGAACACCGGGAUUCAUCUCCGCCCUUGAGUCUCAUGGACUGUCGAGCCUGUUAAAGGAAAAGGGAGUCAAGUCGCUCAUCAUCGGCGGCAUCACCACUUCUGGCUGUGUCCUGAGUACCACUCGUGCUGCGACAGAUCGUGGGUAUAUCGUGACGGUGAUGGAAGACGCAUGUUUUGAUCCAGUUCCAGGCGUGCAUGGCAUGUUGGUUACACAUGUCUUGCCCAUCAGUGCUCACGUGGCCACGUCAUGGGAAAUCCAGAAUGCAUGGAAGAUUCUAUAA